AUGACCCGGAGCGCAAUGCACCCCCUCCUCGGUAUCCACGCCCUUGCGAGUCUUUCGAGUCCUGCCCGUCAUCAAGCAGUCAAAGCGGCAAGCGGGUCGCGCGAUGCUUGGAAUGGACUAUACGCGAAACUUCAGAAGAUGGAUGCGGAUACGUUGCAGAAAUACCUCCCCGUUGUCCACGACAACCUCGACCCCGCUCGCAUCCCUGACGACCAAGCAUUGGAGGGGAGGUGCAUGCGGAGCACACACUGGCAUAUAAAACCGGCGUAUGAGUCUCUCAGAAUUCUCCUCCGAGUCGAGCAAAUUCCGGAGGUGGCUGCACUGGACUUGUGGUCGCAUGCCUGGCAGUGGAUAGAGUUUAUGGAGGCACAUGCCACGAGCACGUCGUUGGAAGUAGGAAGCCCCAUAACAGAAGUAUUUGCGACGCUUCUGUUUUGCCUCUCUUACUUCGGCGCGCGUUGCAACGUCGACACGCUGUACAAAGCCGCGCCUAGUCUCCACGGGGUCUUCGCUCGGAUCUGGAUGGCUUUGACUUCGAUGCCAAAUAACCGCUGGGGGUGCCAUAGCACCGAUGGAUUGUGUUUCGUCCUCGCGUAUUACUACAGCGACUGCGACAGCGUGGACCAGCUCAUCGACAACUUCGAGUCCCUGGGUACAUUCGGCUCCAUCGUGCUCAAGCACCUUUCGCAGGUCAUUGAGGGCUGUGCCGAUACAGCUACUGCCUCUAAGGUCAACGCUCAUGCGCACAUGGCCAAACAUCUCGCGGAAAGGGCUUCCGGGGCGCGAGUGUUAGCGGAGACUGGCGGCGUCCCUAUUCUAAUUCGCGCACUCCAUGCAGCAUCUACCAAGUUUCUCGACCUAUUUGAGGGGGAGAAUACUAUAUACGACAUCCUCUCCUGCCUUGUCUUGAUCUUCUCCUCUCGACCAUUCUACCCCGACGUUGCUGUCGCUUUUGAGAACAACCUUAUCCCCGCAAUAAUGGCUUGCGCGAGGUCGCAACGGAUGCGACCACUGUCCCGAGACGCAUUGAACCAACUCAAACUUUUACUAACCAGAACACUGCCCGCGGCAAUGGUCUACUCCUCCGUUGUACGUGCCCUGGCUCAAGGCGAGAAAGCGAUGCUCAGCACAGCGGACUACUGGGAGCCAAUUGGGACCGAUGAACUUCUGGGUACUCCACUACACGAGGAAUAUAAAGGAAUCAUGGUGUUACUUGCCACCCGUCUGUGCGACUAUGACAAAUUCAGGUCGGGGGCGCAUUCGGAGCUUAGGGCUUGCGAUAACCACCUUUGUAACAUCAUUCAACCUACCGCCAAAUUCAAACGAUGUAGCAUGGCGUCAAAACGGACAUCGCACACGAUGCACCCCAUUAUCACAUACUCCCCAAAGUUUCCUGGCAGUUCUGACACCUUGCUGCACAAGCGGGACGACCGCUUCCUGCGGCUGAUCAUCCAGCAACAUUACAUGUGCUCUUCAUUUGAGCUCCUCCAGCAACAACUGGCGUAUAUUCGCGAAACCCGACGGACGGACUUUGUGCUGGAAUUCAUCUAUACUGAGGUAUUUCCCACUUCAACCUAA